AUGACAUAUGCAGCGACUCAUCGGGCGAUUUUAGGAGUUAUCACAGCCUUUGUUAUUCUUGGUUUAGUGUUUAAAAUUGAAAAUGUGCAGCGUCAUCUACUUGAAUGGGACGGCUGGGUGGUGCUGAGCAAGUUAACCUACUGCGCCUUUCUGUUGCACCUGAAUAUGGUGCACAUUCUACUCGGAGCCAGAACACAAUUGGGUCACGUUUCUUUCUUUUACGUGGUUAUAAACCAUCUGGGCAUUGUAACUUUAUCGUACUUGGCAGCAAUACCGCUAUAUUUAAUGGUUGAAGUUCCCUUUAACAGAUUGAUAAAGACAUUGAUUCAAGAUACUAUGGAGAUGAACAAAAAGAAACUGUGA